AUGAGCCAGGACAGCAAAGUGAAGACGACAGAGUCCAGCCCCCCUGCCCCAUCCAAGGCCAGGAAGUUGUUGCCUGUCCUAGACCCAUCUGGGGAUUACUACUACUGGUGGCUGAAUACAAUGGUCUUCCCAGUGAUGUAUAACCUCAUCAUCAUCGUGUGCAGAGCCUGCUUUCCUGACUUGCAACACAGUUAUCUGGUGGCCUGGUUAGUACUGGACUACACAAGUGACCUUCUAUACCUACUGGACAUCGUGGUGCGCUUUCACACAGGAUUCUUAGACCAGGGCAUCCUGGUGGUGGACAAGGGUAGGAUUUCAAGUCGCUAUGUUCGCACCUGGAGCUUCCUGUUGGACCUGGCAUCCCUGAUGCCCACAGAUGCGGCCUACGUGCAGCUGGGCUUGCACACCCCUAUGCUGAGGCUGAACCGAUUUCUGCGUGUGCCCCGCCUCUUUGAGGCCUUUGACCGCACAGAGACCCGCACGGCUUACCCAAAUGCAUUUCGCAUCACCAAACUGAUGCUUUACAUUUUUGUUGUUAUCCAUUGGAAUAGCUGCCUAUACUUUGCCCUAUCCCGGUACCUGGGCUUUGGGCGUGAUGCCUGGGUGUACCCUGAUCCCGCACAGCCUGGCUUUGAGCAUCUGCGGCGCCAGUACCUCUAUAGCUUUUACUUCUCCACCCUGAUCCUGACCACUGUGGGCGAUACACCACUGCCAGCACGGGAGGAGGAGUAUCUCUUCAUGGUGGGUGACUUCCUGUUGGCCGUCAUGGGUUUUGCCACCAUCAUGGGUAGCAUGAGCUCUGUCAUCUACAAUAUGAACACUGCAGAUGCGGCUUUCUACCCAGACCAUGCACUGGUGAAGAAGUACAUGAAGCAGCAGCACGUCAACCGCCGGCUGGAGCGGCGAGUUAUUGACUGGUACCAGCACCUGCAGAUCAACAAGAAGAUGACCAAUGAAGUAGCCAUCUUACAGCAUUUGCCUGAGCGGUUGCGGGCCGAAGUGGCUGUGUCUGUACACCUGUCUACUCUGAGCCGGGUGCAGAUCUUCCAGAACUGUGAGGCCAGCCUGCUGGAGGAGCUGGUGCUGAAGCUGCAGCCCCAGACCUAUUCACCAGGCGAAUAUGUCUGCCGCAAGGGGGACAUUGGCCGGGAGAUGUAUAUCAUCCGUGAGGGUCAGUUGGCCGUGGUGGCAGAUGAUGGUGUCACCCAGUAUGCUGUGCUUGGUGCAGGGCUCUACUUUGGGGAGAUCAGCAUCAUCAACAUCAAAGGAAACAUGUCUGGGAACCGCCGCACAGCCAACAUCAAGAGUCUAGGUUAUUCAGACCUGUUUUGCCUGAGCAAGGAGGACCUGAGGGAAGUCCUGAGCGAGUAUCCACAGGCCCAGGUCGUCAUGGAGGAAAAGGGCCGUGAGAUCCUGCUCAAAAUGAACAAGUUGGAUGUAAAUGCCGAGGCAGCCGAGAUUGCCCUACAGGAAGCCACAGAGUCCCGGCUGCGAGGCCUUGACCAGCAACUCGAUGAUCUACAGACCAAGUUUGCUCGCCUCCUGGCUGAGCUGGAGUCCAGCGCACUCAAGAUUGCUUAUCGCAUCGAACGGCUAGAGUGGCAGACUCGAGAGUGGCCAAUGCCUGAGGAACUGGCUGAGGCUGAUGAUGAGGGCGAGCCUGGGGAGGGAACCUCUCAGGAUGGAGAGGGCAGGAGUGCCCAGGAGGGACCUCCAGACCCAGAGUGACCCCAUUCUUAUCUCUAGGACCCCAAUCUCCAAGGGAAUCCAGAGUUGUAGGAAAAUCUGCCUGCAGAAACUCUGCCAUCCUGUCUGCUAGGUACAGAGAUA